ACUCACGAAUCGCGCCGGCAUCGUGCACGCCUCUCCGGCUGACUUGACUUCGGUCAUAUGAUAGGAUCUGAAGGACUCUCAACGAUCCUUAUUCACACCAAUCAUUGGCGAUACAUAUGUACAUGAAAUUUAGCUGGCACUAUCCUACUGCGUUCCGUUCUUUCAAACUGAACCUUACCAACCUUACUCUCUAUCUUGCGGCGAGCUUCCAAAACACCACACAUCCAAGACAAUAUGCCAUAGGUCGUCCUCCUUUGACCCCGGAAGAACUCGAGAAGCGCAAGAAGGAGAGAAUCCAAAAGGCGAAUUGGCAUCGUCGAAAAUAUGCAACAGAUCCGGAGUUCCGCGCAAGAAUAUUGCAGCAAUCUAAACAAAAGUAUCCGCGAAAGGCAUCUGCGACAGAAACUAUUCAAAUGGCACACUGAUGCUGGGUUUCGUGAGAAGCAAUCACAGAUCAACGCCGAGCGGAGGUCGAGGUAUGAGCUGACGGAGGAGUCCGAAGCUCGAGACCUUCGGAUCGAACGAGCCAGGGAGUGCAGCAGCUCGAGGUACAAAAACGAUUCCAAAUAUCAAUGGACUAAACUUUUUCGGAUGCGUUUGCAGAGUCCACGAUUUCGAGAGGAGGUCCUUUGGAACGCACACGAGCCUGUGAUAUUUUCCCAAAAGAUGGACUACAGAUGCGCCACGUGCGGCAAGAAGAGAUACCGUGGACUAAAGCUGUGGUGGAGGAGAAAAAGACACGAGUCACACGACAAAGACGAAAUCAGGGGUGAAGGUGAGAGAGAAAUCGGUAAUCAGAGACAAGAAGGAGAUGGAGAAUUUGACUGCUUCAAUUGUUUCGUUGCGGAUUGCGCAGCAUUCACGCCGAUAUACUAUCCACCAGGCAUAAAACCAUUACCGGAGAGGACCUUCGAAGAAAAACCCAAGGAAAACUCUGAUAUGAAGAGCUCUAAAGUUCGAUCGGGGGACGAAAUGUCAACCGGAGACACAUCUAAAUCAACUACAUGAUACUGGUCCGUCAUCACAGAAAAAAGGAACUUCCACCAGCCAAAAGUGCUAUCAGCCCCAGAACCCCAAUCUUUAUGAACAGCGAACGCAUUCUAGCACUCCGAUCGUCACGGAGUAUAUCAGGAUGUAUUCCAGGUUGCACUAGUUCGCUGAUGCGAUAUUCAAAGAGACGAGAACGAACGCAACAGCUACUGGUAGCGACAUCACAGUCCCACUGCUUCAAGGGGAUGAGCGUGCCAAUUCCCUCCGUCAAGCCGCAUCUUCUGUCAAUCACGACACGGUAAUCCAUUUCUGAUUUCACUGCUCGAUCAGUGCUUCCUCGCUGGUCUAAUUAUCCUCAUCCCACCACAUCUCGUAAACCUUCCUUUCACAUCCGUUUGCUACAAUCGGUCCUGUAUUCCCAGCAUCUAUGAAGCUUGCAAGGGAGCUUUUAUCCAUAUUGGAGUAUUUCUCGAUCUUUUGCUCGU